ACGAAAAGCAACGCUUCGUGUCGUGUCUCAGAAGGAUAAACGGUUAAAAAACUCGAUGAACGGCGAUGACCGUCUUGCCGGAGAUUCGGAAAACGGAACCAUGUACGACGAUGAUCCUAUGAGCGAAGAUGAUAUGAAGCAAAACAUAAGCGAGCAACGCAACGCAAAACAGAAUGAGGUCUACGAGGACGAGAACGAGAACGAGGAAGAGGAUGCCGACGAAGAAGGAGAGGAAGAAGAGCUGGAAGACGAAGAUUCAGAUGAUCCAGAAGAGAACACAGAGGAGGAGCUCGAAUUGGAAAAUGAAAAAGCUAGUGAAUCAGAUGAUGGAAUCACUAGUGGCGUAGCUAAAUCAUCCAACAGGAAAACUAAACUAUCGGUUACGGUUUCAAAGAAAAAAAUCCAGCGAGUAACCCCCUUGCUGAAGAAAAAGAAAAGAAAAGCCGGAGUUGUAUACAUUAAUUCCAUCCCCAAGCAUAUGAAUGUAACGAUACUGCGAUCACUGCUCGAGCCUUUCGGUGAGCUCGGACGAAUAUAUCUACAACCAUCACAGAAAGAUGGAAAGGUACGAAUGAAAACAGCAAACGGAAAACGAGCAAUGGUAAAGUACACCGAGGGUUGGGUGGAAUUCCUUGAUAAACGAGUUGCCAAAUCGGUAGUUCCCAUGCUGAAUAUGCAUCCCAUCACAAAUAAAAAGAAAUCCGUCUUCCGGGACAUUCUCUGGAGCAUGAAAUACUUGUCCGGAUUUAAAUGGGUGCAUCUGAACGAAAGGCUAACUUACGAGCGAGCCGUAGCGAAGGAAAAACUACGAGAACAAAUUCAUCAAAUACGUAAGGAAGUAAUGUACCACGAGACCAAAGUGCAUCAUAAAGAAAUGGCACAAAAAAAUGCAGAAAGAGAAAAGAAGGCAAACAAGAAAGAGCAAUAA